CUCGUAAGCCCCUUUAGGUCUUAGAUUGUGUCAGUCGCUCGGCAAAGCAGCAGGUAGUACUUGUGUGUGUGGCUUUGACAAGAAGAUACCGCGAGCAAAUCUACAGAAGGAAGGGUGGUCGUUUUUCACGUCAAAGUCAUUCUCUCGCGGUCCAUGUGCUCUACUGAAUAAAAUGCUCAUCAAGGAAUUCCGUGUUACCCUGCCUCUUACCGUCGAAGAGUACCAAGUUGCUCAACUGUACUCAGUAGCAGAGGCAAGUAAGAAUAAUACAGGAGGUGGUGAGGGUAUAGAGGUUUUGAAGAAUGAACCAUUUACGGACUACCCAUUACUUGGUGGAAAAUAUUCCUCAGGUCAAUAUACGUACAAGAUCUACCAUUUGGCAAGUAAAGUGCCAAGCUUCAUCCGACUUUUGCUACCAAAAAAUUCCCUCGAGAUCCAUGAAGAAGCCUGGAAUGCCUAUCCUUAUUGCAAAACUGUUAUAACUAAUCCUGGUUACAUGAAAGACAAUUUCGUCAUCAUGAUUGAAUCCUUCCAUAUUGGUGAUGUUGGAAAUCAACAUAAUGUGCACGAGCUGUCUGCGGAUAAAUUAAAAGUUAGAGAGGUCGUUCAUAUAGACAUAGCAAAUGAUCCAAUUCCAACCGCUGACUAUAAAGUCGAUGAGGAUCCGACAAAGUUUAAGUCCCAAAAAACGGGUAGGGGACCACUCGUUGGCAAAGACUGGAAGACCAAGGUUCAGCCAGUAAUGACCUGUUACAAGUUAGUCACUUGCGAAUUUAAGUGGUUCGGCCUUCAGACAAGAGUUGAAAGCUUCAUCCAGAAGUCCGAGAGGCGUCUCUUCACGAAUUUUCACAGACAGGUGUUCUGCUGGAUAGAUCGUUGGUACGGACUCACAAUGGAAGACAUUAGAGCCAUUGAAGAUAAUACGAAGGACGAAUUGGACAGGCAACGGCACGAGGGCGAAGUUCGGGGUAUGCGCGCUGAAGAUUGAGGCUUUAAUAGCUACUGUUAAGUAAGAUUAAACCAAUUUCACUAUAUCCAAUAAUGACACACACAUUACACAUAUUACACACGCGAUCGUCGUUGAUCGGGACAGUUUUCACAAUUUGUCUAGAUUCAGUGUCUAAUUAUUAUUACUACUGCGAACUUUAAUUUAUUUACCUUUACAAGCGUUUUAGAUAAAUGUACCUACAGUCAAAGAUUAUUAUUAUUAUUAUUAUUAUUAUUAUUGUACAAUAUUACACGCGAUAAGAAGAAACCGAUGCAAGAUGGAAUCUGUUCGCAAGUAAUGAUAACGCGUAAACGCCUGAGUCUGAUAGGAGACCGAUAUAGAAAAAAUUGAUAAUUAUUAAUACUAUAGUAGUUGGAUAAUAUUAACGAUUAACGUUUGUUAACGAGCAAUUACCAGAUGCUUGCUAUAACAAAGUGCGAGCUCUCCCGUUCAUGGAUAGUUGCGCAAAAUUGCAGUCAAUUUAAAUGAAAAAAUCCGCAUGUUUCAAAAGUCCGAUAGGAAUGGGAUAAAAAUGGAAGAAAAAAGCAAAGAAAAGAAAGUAUAAGAAACAAUAUGAUUCGGUGUCGAUCAAGUUUAAAUUUGGGUGAGAUUCGGUGCGUGCAUCGUUAAAUGGCUUGACAUAUGAUCUUCCUGAGGUUUACAAAAUGAAUUUAAUUGAAAAAAGAAAGCUUGAAGAUAAAAAAACUAAAUAAAGGAUAAUGGCUAUUGAAAUCUAUACACAGUGUCCGUUGAAAAUUCGUCUUCGAUGUUCUCGCGUAAAUGUUUCUCUCGAUCGUCAUACCAAUAAUUAAUAUUGCCAAGCAUAAUAUUGUGUCGUCGAUUAUAUCAUAUAGAAAUGUAGCGCCAGGGUAAAUAGAACGUGUGUGCGACACGAUCGAUAAAACCAUCGUAGAACUUUUGUCAUUUCAUUUUUGGCAGAAGGCACCGACGACUUGGGGCGUCUCCUGCGGCGCCUUCGAAAUUACAUCCACUGCGGCAAUUGCAUAAAUGUCAAUUCGAUGAAUUCGCCGCGUCGUAGAUUUUCUUUAGGACACUUCCCCAAAACCAAAAGAAAACAAUUAUAAGAUAAUUAAAAGAAAAAAUUAGAGAUGUUCAUCAACAAACACGACGCAAUAUUCUUCAAUAUCUUUUCCAUUAGGUUUUUGGAUUUUAUGUUUUUAUCCGUGCAUUUAAUCAGACAUCAGAGACACUAGUGAAUUUUCGUAUUAGGCUGCGAUGAGAAAAGUCACGUUUAAACAUUACCAGUUGUUUAAUGAACGUAUGAAUAUGAAAAUAAUCAAUGUAAAUCUAACGAAUUGAAGGGAAAACAAAAAAUAUAUAUAUAGGCAUAUGAAAAUAAUUCUAGCCUUGCGCCAAAUGGGUGUUAUGGACAUGAAAUUAGACUAUGUUUCAAUUUUGAUGACAGUGCAGAAGUGGUUGAACGUUUAAACGGUAUAAAAGUGUUAUGUAUAUAAAUAAGGCGCACGAUGAAAUUGGAACUGAAAAUAUAAGAGUACGACGUGGAACGCGGCCGUUCAUGAUGAAAAUGAGCCGAAAAAAAUAUACAUAAAAUAAUUGACUUUUCCACGACUACCCGGCACGAUCUCAAAGAAACUUAACACUGGCUAUAGCUAUUAAAUAAUUAUGAACCAGGCUUUAUCCGUAGCUUUUAAUGUCGAUUAAGAUUUCCCGUAUACGCUUAAAAAAAGAAACUCGAAUAACAGUUGCUUGCACAAACUAAACACAUUAUGCGUACCUUUAUGUUACUGUUUAUAGUUUAAGAUACGUAGCCAUAUCUUUGUUUCAUGUUGCAAUAGAGAACAUGUGAUUGUUUUCAA